AUGGAUGAGAGAGAUCGUAACAGAUUUCAUAGAUCCUUACAGGCUAGAGGUAUAAUUCGUGAUUUAACAAAACAUUAUUUUAUGCAGAUUGAAGGGAGUUGUAAUGCCUCAUGGCCACAAGGGCAAGGAGGUGACUCGUUCGAUUCUUAUCAUCACUGUGUGGGAUGCAGUAGCCCUUCUUUGGAACGUACAGCAAAGUCGACCUCCAAAAGUGAAAUGCAAUUACAAGGUGAAUUCUCCAAUGAAGAAAUUCGAAAACCAAGUCGCACAUCUGGAGAAAAUGCAGUUGGUCCUUGUGGGAAAAUUACUGAGAAUGGGGGAGGAGAAAACUCUUCCAACCACGGUAAAUCUCACAUUUUCCGCUCGGAAGGGGAACGUCAAGAAUUACUUUUUCGGGGUAUCAAUUCGUGGAAAGAGCGGAGAAACAGAAAAAAUUGGAAGGUUACUCACAAUCCUGAGACCAUUGUUCAGAGUCGGUACCCUGGAGGGUUCUUCAUGGAAAGAAGACUACCCGAAAACAUCGUGCUACUUUGUACUCCCGGAUAG